AUGAAACUUAGUGACUUCUUAUUUGCCAUUGCCUUCGUCAUCCAGAUUGGAAUUGGGCUUCUAGGAAAUUCCUUCCUACUGCUUCUUUACAUCCUCACUUGCCUCACUGGUCACACCCUAAGGCCUAUAGACUCCAUUUGUGUCAACUUGACCAUAGCCAACUUGAAAACCCUUCUCUUUAAAGGUCUUCCUCAGACAAUGUUCUCUUUGGGCUUGAAAUUUUUCCUGGAUCCUCUUGGGUGCAAAGUUAUCCAUUAUCUUCACAAUGUGUCUAGAAGUGUUUCCCUCUGCACUACUUGUAUUUUGAGUGGUUUUCAGGUCAUCAUCAUUAGUCCCAGUAACUCCAGGUGGUUUCAACUCAAAGCCCAAGCCCCAAAGCACAUUAUCCCUUCUUGUAUCUUCUGUUGGUGCUUCUACUUGUUCAUAAAUUUCACUAUGCUUGGGAUCAUGCAUAACUCAAGGUUCAUGAGUAACAGCACAAGAUGGUGGCAUCUGGGAUAUUGUUCAGUUGCAGCCCCUGUCUCAUUUAAUGCCUUACUCUAUGUAAUUAUCUUCUCUCUUCCAGAUAUCAUUUGCGUGGGAUUCAUGAUCGGGGCUAGUGCCUACCUAGUUUUUCUUCUGCAUAGCCACCAUCAGCAAGUCCAACAUAUUCACAGCCUCCACCUUUCUCCUAGAGAUCUCCCUGAGAUAAGAGCCACACAUGCAAGCCUGUUAUUAGUAUGCACAUAUGUCUCCUUCUAUUCCAUUAAUUCCAUCAUAUCCUUUUGUGCCUUUCAAUUUGGUAAAUAUUAUUCCUUUCUCAUGCUCACUGAACAAUUAUUAGCAGCAUGUUUUCCAUCUAUCACUCCUUUUGUCCUGAUGUCUUAUGAUUCCCAACUCCGCAGAUAUUUUUAUUACCUAUGGUGCAAUAAAAGUUCUCUUUAA